AUGGCCAGCAAGAGGAAGUCAACAGUGCCAUGCAUGAUCCCAUCCAAAAGCAAACACAUGCGUGAGGAGAUCAUACUUGGCUGCCUCCCUGAGCUCCUACCCACAAUCCCAGAGGACAGCAUCCUCAGCAUAUCUGGAGAAGAUGGACAUCAUUUUUACCAUGAUUCCUCCAGACCUGAAGGGGGUGACAGAUGGCAGAAAGGGGGCACCUACAGCUGCCCACCUUGCUGCUUUGAGUCCAGAGAUCUGAACUACUUUUUGGACCACCUGCACAACUGCCACAUAGACUUUAGGGCCCUGCCCAGUUUCUACUGCCUGAACUGUGGUGUGUCAGUGGUCAGGUUUGAGGCCCUGGCACUGCACAACUCUAAAGCCCACCCUGGGGUGUCGGGGGGCUCUGUCACUGCGUCCCUGCAUGUCAAGAAGAGCGAUGGGGCGACUACCGUGGAGCAGAGCCUGUUCACAACAAAUGGGGAGGACUCUAACGAUCCUGCAAUCUCCUUCACUAAAACACCUAUAGUGAGGAUGAUGAAGGCCAAGGGACAGCACAAGAAGAUUGUAGUCUCCCACACAGUGGAGCUGCGGAGGAUAGACACUGGGAAGGAGAUGGAGCGGACAGACCCCACCAUGUUGACGAAUGUGCCUAAGCUACAGAAUGGGUCUCUCAGUGGGACCGGUGGCCCUGCUAUGUUGAGGAAACCUGUCACUCAUGUGAUAACAACAACAGUGCCCAAUCAAGCCUAUCACCAGCACAGCCCUCCCACCUUCUCAUUCUCCUCCUCAUCCUCCGAUUCCAGCAGAAACCUCCCAAAGGUGAUGAUUCCCCUGAGCAGCAUCCCCACCUAUGAUGCUGCCAUGGACACCAGCAGUUUUCUCAAGACUUCCUUUGGCAAGUUCCCCUACCCGACCAAAGCUGAGCUUUGCUACCUGACCGUGGUCUCUGAUUGGCCAGAGGAGCUGAUCAAACUCUGGUUUACCGCCCAUAGACUCAAACAGGGGAUCAGCUGGUCCCCUGAGGAGAUAGAGGAGGCCAGGAGGAAGAUGUUCAACACGGUCUUCCAAGGAACAGCACCCCCAAAACAGCCUCCCAAGCAACGGCACAACAAUCAUGUCCAUGCCCAACCUGCUCCAGUGGGCUCCAGCCACCAGGCUGCCAGGGUGGCCCAUGACAGUGUAGUGAGAAGGCAUACUGGAGUCAUAGCCACUUCGGCUAGCAUUUCAGCCGCUGGUCACCCGGUCACCACUAGGGUCUCUUAUGCUGCCCCAACCAUGAUCCCCCCGAAAUAUCAGACAGUAGUCAGUAGAACAACACAGGUAGUGGCCAGGAACACUAUCCCCACUACUGUGCCCAGCCUGGAGUCUGACAAGAGUGUUGCGCUGAGGUUGGGUUUGGUGGGAAACAACAGUUGUGUCAUUAGCACCAGCAGCAGAAGCAGCAGUAGCAGUAGUAGUUGCAGUAGUAGCAGCAGCAUCAGCAGUUACUCCUCCAUUAGUAGUGACGGCGGAGACCAUGGCACUAGGAAACCAAUCAACAACAGCAGUUCCAGCAACAGCAUCGUCAGUUGCUCCUCCAACAUUGGCAAUAAUAAUGAUUGUCUCACUAACAGCCAUGACAAACCAAACAAUCAAAGCAGCAGACAUAUUAGCAUACCGUCUGUCUUGGAAGGCUUCAGCAGCAUCAGCAACAAAAGUAAAGUGAUCAUGAGUAAUACCAGCAAAUCUAACGUUAUCACCUAUGACAUUCAUAGCAACGGCAACACAGCUAACCAGGAUCAUUACCCAUCAACAAAGGGUGAUGAUGACAGUAACAACAACAAUAUCCACAAGUCCAACAACGGCAGUAUUAGCAGUGGCUACACCAGCACUAGCAAUAAUGAUAAUGUCAACAACCUGAACCAUGCCAGCAAAGCCCAAAACGAAAACACCAGCACAAGUGCCAUUACCAAAAGCAGCAGUAGCAGCAGCAGCAUAUCUAUCAUAGAGGAUGGCAAAUGCACCAAGGAGGUUCCUAUGAAAUCUAUGUCAGUCCUGCGGCAGCUUAUCAAGGAGGAAGACCAUUUUAGGGAUGACAGGACCUGCCCUGAACUAAAAGUAGACCCCAUAAAGAUCAACCUGCAGAGGUUCAUGGUGAGCGAUCCAGCUGCAAAACCUGGUUCAGAGGCCUUCCCUCCAGAGCUCAAGUCUGAGACACAUGUCUCAGACCCAUCACACCCGUCUUUCUCUGCACCCUGGGGCAAGAAAAACCCCCGGCAGGUGCACCUUCUGAGGCAGGCAUUCACCAGCACACGCUGGCCCAGCAGCCAGCAGUACGAGGAGCUGAGUAUCAUGACAGGCCUGCCCAAGCCAGAGGUGGUCCGCUGGUUCAGCGACAGCCGCUACAUCCACAAGAACAGCCAGCUGAAAUGGCUGGAGGGCUACCAGUGCCUACCAGCAGAGGGAGAGGAAGGAAAGGGCCACAGAGACCACAACACAGGGGCACUGAUUGAUCCCCAGGAGGUUCAUAGGAAACUGGUGGAGCAGGAGGUGAACAAGCAGCUUGAUGGAGGACCUGAGGGGCUGAGCUCAGGGCAGCAGGGAUUCUGGUGGGGUGCAGACACACAGAGGCCGCUGUUGAGUCCAGCAGGGCCAGAGGAGACUGGGGAGAAAGAAAGAGCUGUGGAGACAGGGAAGGCCGAAGGACUACACGGUCACUGGGCAGAGAGGGAGGAUGACCACCAGCAGCCAAUUACCAGCCAGACCUUUGGGGAGCAGCAGACAGAGCCCAGGUGA